CGCGGGCGCCCGCAUCCCUCCAUCCAGCCUGUGCCGCAGCCGCAUCGCCACCGCAGCCCGGGCACAGCCGAGCCCGGCCAGGCCCCUGCCCCUGCCCGGCCCUCGGCCCAGCGCCCCCGGCCCCGCCCCCGUCCGCAGGCGCCCCUCGGCGGCUCCGGCGCGCCCCCCGGCGCCCCCAGACCCCGGCCUCCAGCACCAAGGUGGGAGGCAGGGAGCAGUGGCAGAGGCAGGAGGACGAGGAGGAGGAGGAGCCGUCGCAGGAUGAAGGAUCGGACUCAGGAGCUGCGGAGCGCGAAAGACAGUGACGAUGAGGAAGAGGUGGUCCAUGUGGAUCGGGACCACUUCAUGGAUGAGUUCUUCGAACAGGUGGAGGAGAUCCGAGGCUGCAUCGAGAAACUGUCGGAGGACGUGGAGCAGGUGAAGAAGCAACAUAGCGCCAUCCUGGCCGCCCCGAACCCAGAUGAGAAGACCAAACAGGAGCUGGAGGACCUCACAGCAGACAUCAAGAAGACGGCCAACAAGGUCCGGUCCAAGUUGAAAGCGAUUGAGCAAAGCAUUGAACAGGAGGAGGGGCUGAACCGUUCCUCCGCGGACCUGCGCAUCCGCAAGACCCAGCACUCCACACUCUCCCGGAAGUUCGUGGAGGUAAUGACCGAAUAUAACGCGACCCAGUCCAAGUACCGGGACCGCUGCAAGGACCGGAUCCAGCGGCAGCUGGAGAUCACCGGAAGGACCACAACCAAUGAAGAACUGGAAGACAUGCUGGAGAGCGGGAAGCUGGCCAUCUUCACGGAUGACAUCAAAAUGGACUCGCAGAUGACGAAGCAGGCGCUGAACGAGAUCGAGACAAGACACAACGAGAUCAUCAAACUGGAAACCAGCAUCCGUGAGCUGCACGAUAUGUUUGUGGACAUGGCCAUGCUCGUGGAGAGCCAGGGCGAGAUGAUCGACCGCAUCGAGUACAACGUGGAACAUUCCGUGGACUACGUGGAACGGGCUGUGUCCGAUACCAAGAAAGCUGUGAAAUAUCAGAGCAAGGCGCGGAGGAAGAAAAUCAUGAUCAUCAUUUGCUGUGUGGUGCUGGGCGUGGUCUUGGCGUCAUCUAUUGGGGGGACGCUGGGCUUGUAGGCCCCUCCCACCCUGAUUCUCCCACGCCCCUCCCCCACCACAUCGGGAGCAAUACCCCCUUCCACUCCGUCCCCCCGCCCCCGCUCCAGGCUCACCCUUGAAACAGACCCCUGGCAGCCCCACCCCCUCCUCACCCCCACGGCAGCCCCUGGAGUCCCUGGGCCUCACCUGCCACGGUCCGCCCCCUCCCUGGCCCCGCACGUAGAUCGCAGCAGGCGUGAUUAUACAUGCACAUUAACAUGCAUGCCGCCGGCACAUGCUCGAGACGUGUGGAUGCCCCAGCGUGUGUGUGUGUACAUGUGCAGAUGUGUGUAAGCACCCCCGCCCCUCUCGUCCCCCCCGCAACCUAGUCUGCGUGUGGUCUCCACCUCCCCCAACCUUCUCCCGGGUUGUUGUGGGGACUGUGGCUGAGCAUAACCCAACAGCCCACCACACCCAGCUCUGUCUUCUGUGUGUCUGUGGUUGUGUGUGUGUGUGCGCACGCGUGCACGGACACACAACCCGUGUACAUGGCGUUUUGUGUUGGAGUGCUUGAACCCAAUGCGACUGUGGUGCCUGCUGGCCCCUCCUCCCACCCCCCACCCCCGCCAUGUGUACUGUCCCCUGGGCGGGCCCCGAUACAUAGGCCACGGCCCACACGAUGUAGGAUUGUGUGUGUGUGUGUGUGUGUGUGCAUCUGUCUAGGGGCUUCCUACAGUGUAUGUCUGCGCCCUGUGUGUUAUCGUCACAGGCGUGUUUAUCAUUAAGGCCAGGAGCCCCAAGCAGGUUUGUUGUCAGAUGUGCUGCUAUCAAGGACUUGGCCACACACACACACACACACACACUGCUACAUCAACACCGGGCAGCUGGCACACCAGGCUUCUGUGUGCACAAGCCCAGAUCCUUAUCUCUGUCUCUCCGCCCCAGGGUGUUUCGAGCCCCCUGAGAACUGGAGCGUUGCACAGUGCUCAUGAAUGUCCAGGCCGAGCAGAGCCCUAGAAAGGUGGCCGCACCCUGGCGCACGCGCAUGGCCCCUGCACUGGGUGCGCGUGCUUCCUGGAAGGCUUGUUUGUAGGGGUGUCACUGAUGCGGCCAGGUGCCGAGGGCUGCCCCAGACAGGCAGAAAACCAGGGCCCUGUUUCCUGCCUCCCACGCACUCACCUUAGACGCAGCAUAGGCCAGUGUUUGUCCUCGUGGCCUGUCGGAUGCCCUGAGCUCUGGGGAACUUGGGUUUGAGGCUGGAGUGGCCAGGGCGACAGCUGCCAUUCAGGGAGGCCUGGGACCUGGGCCUUGGCCUGUUGGACACCUCUCCUGCACUAGUAUCUGCAAAAGGGCUGCUCCCCACGCCAGCGUGAGUUCGAGGGUGGGAAACGGGCCUGGGGUUCUGGUGGAGAGCAGGGGCCAGCAGCUCCGGGGGUGUGUAGGCGACAGUGGGCCAGGUUUGUGCGUUUGGUGGCAGGUGAGAGGUGCAUGGCAGAAGGGAAGCCCCCCGUAGCCCCGCACAUGGUGGUUGAACACAUGGCUGUGUGUGACCUGCCUUGGGGUCGGCAUUCAGGUGUGUGUGUGUGUGCGUUUGGAGAGAGUGCAGGUGAGUGACCAUGCAAAUCCCGUCCCUGCUUAGACAGCCAACCCCUUCCCUGCCUGGCUGCCUGCCCUGAUCUGCGUGCGUGUCAGUGUGGCCGCCUGUCCACACUGGGCCUGCCUGUCCAUUCCCAGAAUGCCCUUCUGCAGGACAGGAAGUGGGCGCAGAACCUGACCGUAGCCUCCAGCCCCCAUCCCAGGCUGCUUUGGUGAUGUGAGAGCAGGCCCCAGCGUCCAGCCAGGAACCUCCUCUCCCUCCCCACCCGUCCCUUUCAGCGCAGGUGUUUCCGGAAGUCCCGCAGCCCAGGGGCCGGCACCAGAAAAGUGGAGCCACGGUCCCAGAGCUCUGCUCCUGGGUCCGAGGGUGGCGUUAGGCCCGCACUGCCCAUAUCUCUGGGUCUCAAACGGACUAGGGGGCCCUGGGGAUGGGGUGAUGUGGCCCCAGUGUGCUGCAAAGCCCACAGGUCACGGGCUGUGUUUACCUGGCUGCUGGGGUGUCUCCUGGGGGCUGGUGUCUUUUGCAUGUUCUCGGACAAGUGUGUGCUCCCCAUUCCCCACGCACCUACAGCCACCAAGCCCAUGGGUGCCCCGUGGGUGGUCCGAGGCCCGGCCAGGGCUUAGUGCUCCCCUUCCCCCAGACUCCCUGUCCCCACCUCUCACGAAGCACAGUGCGUGUCCAUCCCAUGUGCCCGUGGGGCGACACACGCUCUUGCCACGCCUUGAGCGUGUACAACAUGACGUGUUCUAUGCAUUCACCCUGCCCUCCCCCGCCCGCCCCGCAGAGGACAAGAUGGGCUCCCCCCUCCCGGCCCUGCCCCCUCCUCCCUGCCCGCUGUGCAGCCGUGUGCGUUGGCGUGUGUUUCUGUGUCGCUGGCGUGUCACGUGACGUAGCCGUGUUUGCUGACAUGAGCCCUUGCCCCCCCUUCUCCGUUUCUCCAUUGGUUUCUAGAGCGCUCUCCCUCCCCUCCCCAGAGGGGGACAGGACUCCUGGGGCCUGGCUGGGGGGCCCAGAGCCAGGCCACCCUCUCCUGUUAGCCCUGAGUCCCAUUUCUCUCUAUUGGUGACCAAGUUGCAAAUGGAUCAAACAGAGACAACUUCUGUCCCCACCCCCGGCCCUGCAUGUCCUGUCCGCAGAGCGUCCCCACCCCCAACCCCCCGGGCCGGGUCGGGCCCUGUGGGACGGGAGAAAUAGCAACCAAUCCAA